CUACACGUACUCACUAUUCACUAACAAUAUCCAUAUCCUCCCUCGGUCACUCUCUUGCUUGUUACAAAGACCUAGAAAUGGUGUUUUCUUCCUUAGCCUAAGCUUGUUUAGCUCCUCGAUCAUCACAGCUGUAACAGGGCCGCGGGUGGGUAUGAUGAGGCGAAGGGGACUGGCACCUUGUUGCAUUCUUCACAAAAGAAUGAUAAGCAUCGACUUAGAUGAACAAAACAUUACAACAUACGAUGGACUCGAGAGGUGCAUCAAGCAAAGUCAAUCCUAUGAUGAUGGCAAUGAAAGCUCCGCUAGCAGAAGCAUUACUACAGAUUCCUCUUUGUUUGAUGAUGAUGCCAGCAGCAGCAACAGCAGCAACACUUCUACUAGCAACAACACUGAUUUUCGAUCAUCAUCACUCCUCUCCUCUGAUUUGACAGCGGCUAUAAUGAAGAGGGAACCUGAAAUGUGUGAAUUCUCAGCAAUCCCUUCCCCUCAAAGUCCCCACACCUGUGUCAAGGUAAAAGUAACCAAGUACCUGGAUGUGGUGGAAGCAAUGAAAGUGAAAUUCUCAAAGCUGUUACUUGGGGAGGACAUGACAGGGGGGAGCAAUGGGGUUUCAACCGCACUAGCUUUAUCAAAUGCCAUAUUGAAUCUUUCAACAUCUGUUUUCGGUGAGCUGUGGAAAUUGGAACCACUUUCUGAGGAGAAGAAGAGAAUAUGGCAACAAGAAAUGGAGUGGUUUCUAUCACCAACCAACUAUAUGGUUGAGUUGGUACCGUCCACCCAAAAUGGUGACAAUGGCUGCAUUUAUGAGAUAAUGACACCAAAAGCUCGUCCUGAUGUUCAGAUGAAUCUUCCCGCUCUUCAGAAGUUGGACAUAAUGCUUAUUGAAACCCUGGAUUCUAUGGUGGAUACAGAGUUUUGGUACUCAGAAGUGGGUAGCAGCCGAGCAGAAGGGGGGAGUAAAAGGUGGUGGCUUCCUUCACCUCAGGUGCCAAUGAGAGGGCUAUGUGAUGGUGAAAGGAAGAAACUGAUGGACAGUGGUAAAUUGGUAAACCAGAUAUUGAAAGCUUCUAAAGCUAUCAAUGAAAAUGUUUUGCUUGAAAUGACUGUUCCAGCUUUCAUCAGGGAUGCAAUUCCAAAGUCUGCCAAGGCAAACCUGGGAGAGGAUCUAUACCAGAUUUUGACAAGAGAAAGAGUUAGUACAUUUGAUGACAUGGUUGAGUCUCUGAACCUGAAAACAGAGCACAAUGCACUGGAGACAAUAAACAGGUUGGAGGCUGCAAUUCUCGUGUGGAAAGAGAAAAUGGCAGAGGAAGCAGAUUGCAUUCCAAUGUCUUGGUCAUCUUUCAUUAAACAUCCAAAAACAUUUGAGGUAGUUGAUGGAAUCAAUGUUUCACUGAAUCAUGCUGAAGCUCUUCUACGGAAGAUCAGAACUAGAUAUCCAAACCUUCCACAUACAUUCCUUGACAUGAUGAAGAUUCAAUAUGGCAAGGAUAUUGGGCAUGCAAUACUAGAAGCAUACUCCCGGGUUCUUGGAAACCUUGCAUAUACCAUACUCGCAAGAAUAGGAGCAGUUCUGCAAGAAGACAUUUUGAGCAACCCAAAUUCCCCAGCAAAAGGAUUGCAUCUUCCCAGCGGGACCAC